AUGGACAGGUAUUACCCCUGUGUUGAUGACAGGACUUGGCACCAGGACUGCCUUCGAUGUGUAGUCUGUCGAGCACAGCUCUUUGGUCGGUGCUACGCACGAAAUGGACGGUACUUUUGCCGAAAUGACUUUAUCCGCCAGUCCAUGGUCCUCGGUGAAGACGUAACAGCCACAAAUAAACAAGACGCGUCGUUAGCCGAGCCGGCGAUCCCGUCCACAUCAAGGCGAAGUGCAACGGCGCCUAUGAUACUUUUUGUUAUUUACACCAAACCUACACCAGUUUAUACCCCUCGCCAUCGACCAGAACGGCAUGCAAGAAGCAGCUUCAGGCCGCUGGGUUUAGUGGUUGAACUCAAACCGGGUGGGACGGAGAGCAGCCCACGAUGCCCAACAUGUACGGAGGCCAUCCUACCGACUGAUAUGGUGCGUCUGUUGGGUUCCAUAGCCUACCAUGCCGACUGCUUCCUCUGCAUCCUCUGUUCACGUCGCCUAGCAACCGGAGACGAGUGUCGACUCAUCGGCGACGGCGUGAGAUUUAUUUGCCUCGAGCACGAAUCGUUACAGCAGGGGUUGGGGAAUGGAGGAACUUCAAGGAGUCCGGAAUGCUCAGAUGGAACUUGUGAACGAGACGAGGCAAAACAUAAAGAGGUCCUUCAGGGGAUGUCUUUCUACGAAAGCCAGACGUCUUACACAUAUACAGAUGCUGACCUUCCACAAUUUGUAACCAGUGAGAUUCAAGAGAAGAAAGAGGGUGAGUCGCCAGCAGAUCAAAACCACCUUGGGGGAGAUGACCAAUCGGAGUGUGGCCUUGACUUGGUGGACACAGCUUCGAUGCUCGACAAAACGAACUCGGGCUUAGACGAUGGCAGCGGCAGUCCCAACUCAAACGACAUGCCGACGACGACUGCGUCGACGGAGAAUCAGGUGGAGGGUGGGAACAGUCUGCUGACCAAGAGGCGAGGACCACGAACCACCAUCAAAGCCAAACAGCUGGACACACUGAAAGAGGCCUUCGCGACCACUCCAAAGCCCACGAGACACAUCCGGGAACGACUAGCUCAGGAAACUGGCCUGUCAAUGCGUGUUAUUCAGGUAAACCUGGUUGAGAUGAUGUUCUGUUUUGAUGACCUCAGAUAUGUCUGGUAG